UAAUAACUGAUACUUUAUAAUUGAAUAGUACAAUCCUCUGAUAUUAUUACAACGCAUUGUUCGGGUUUUCUAUAUUUUCUUUGGGUUAAAAUUACUUAGGUUAUUAUCGCAUAUUGUGCUUACUUAAUUCAUUUCGUACUCAGAAGUAAAGCACUUGCGGUUUUUGGUCUCUUGAUUUGAUUGAAGUAUUUUUACAUGCAGAUCAAUGCCAACUAUGGUGGAAACUUGAUGUUCAAUAUCAAACAUCAUGUUCCUAUCCACAGACCAGUCAGAUAACCUUAAGACUCUUAUGAAGUGUAUCCAGUUUGGGGAGGAACAAACAUGUAAAUCAAUGAUUGCAAAGUUUGAUCUAAGAAGACUUAACAAGCUUGUAAGACUUAACUUUCCAAGAUACACAGAUUUGACCGUAACUGCACUGUUGUGGGCAGUAAUGCUAAGAAAACAUUCCAUCAUUGAAUUUUUGUUGCAAAAAGGAGUGAAAGUAAACAAAUCAGGGUCAUACUUUGAUGUAAGCUUUGUUUAUACGUAUACUCCACUUCUAAAAGCAGUGGAAAAUGCAGACUUGCGCACUGUAGAUCUUCUGCUAGCGCAUGGAGCAGAUCCUCAGCUCAAUGUACCAGGGCCAUUGAAUGAAGAGGAGGAAGGGGGGAGUGUGCAAUGGAAAAAAACUAACAGUGCCCUAGAAAGAUCUCAGGAGGUGGGCAUAAACAUGUUCAAGAAGUUGCUGCAGUAUGCUGAUGUGCAUCGGGAAUAUGAAGGUAAAGGACAUGUGUGCCUUUGCUAUGCAGUUCGCAAAUAUCUGAGACAGGACAUGGAGCAGGAUGUUCUCUACCCCCAGUUUAUAAUCCACAUCAUCCAGCAUGGUGGUACCAUCUGUAAAGGGAGGAUGUUUGACGGUGUUGUGCAGUGUGAACUUCUGAAAGCUUUGCUGUCUGUGUCAUUUAAUUUCAAGUUUGAAAAAGAUGAUUCAGGUUUGAAAAUUGCUGAAUUAAACAUAUUAGGCCAGUAUAUGAAAGUCCUUAGGCUUAUUCUUUUGACUGAUUAUGUUCACAGCAGCUCCAUUAUUUACAGUACACUGAAACAUUUUCUUAAGCUUCAGGAAAAGCGUUUCACUUGCACAUACUUGAAUGAUGAGUCCAGGCUGAACUUUGAGUGGCUUGUAGAACAUUGCAAAGAGCCUUCUAGCCUGAUGCAUAUCUGUAGAAGUACAAUCAGAAAAGCAAUAGAGCGUUUCUCCCCAGAAACGUGCAAUAGCCUGCCUCUACCAACAAAACUGAAGCAAUAUUUGAUCAUUGACUGUGAUAUUUCCAUUGUUGAUGAUGACACUGAUAUAUCACUGGUGUAAGUUUUCGGUUAUAUGAUGUUGUACUUGAAAUUCAGUAUUUUGGAAAAUAAGUCCUAUGUAUAUAUAUAUAUAUAUAUAUAUAUAUAUAUAUGAUGAUUAUUUUGAAGAAUAGUAAAAAUGACUAGGUUUUAGCUCAUCUUCAAUUCGAAGAAAACACAUUGAGGUUAUCCUAGUCUUGGUGUAGUUGUCGUUGCCGAAUUGCAAAUCUUAAACCUUGUAAGUUGUACAUAACUAAAUCCCAUUCAAAAUAUUCAAAUGAAACUUGGUACACAUGUUGCCAGAGACAAUGAGCUCAUGUAAAGCAAGGUACAUAACUUUGGCUUUCAUGACCAAACAGUUAUACACCUUUUUUCUUAGCGGUUGACAGUAGUUUGUUAAACAAUUUGCAGUAUUUUUAACCAGGUUUUCACAUAGUGAAACCUGGUUAUUAGAAUGGCGAACUUCGUUGUUCGGGCGGGCGGCUGGGCGGCGUCAAACUCACCUAUGAAACUGAAUAACUUAAGUAAGGGUUGACAUAUCUAGACCAAACUUGGUCUAUAGAAAGAGUUUAUGGGUACCUUUCAUGGGAUUGUGUAAGGAGUCCCUAACGUCAAGGUCAAGGUCACUGUUACUAAAAAAAAAACGGUUGAAACUGAAUAACUUUAGUUAGGGAUGACAUAUCUCGACUAAACUUUGUCUAUAAGAAAGGUUUAUGGAGACCUUUUAUGGGAUUGUGUAAGGAGUCCCUAGGGUCAAGGUCACUGUUACUAAUAAUAGAAAAACGGUUGAAACUAAAUAACUUUAGUUAGGGAUGACAUAUCUUGACUAAACGUGGUCAAUAGGAAGAGUUUAUGGAUACCUUUUAUGGGAUUGCGUUACGGGUCCAUAGGGUCAAGGCCAAGGUCACUGUCACUAAAAAUAGAAAAAUGGUUGAAACUGAAUAACUUGAGUUUGGGUUGACAUAUCUCGACCAAACUUGGUCAAUAGGAAGAGUUUAUGGAUACCUUUCAUGGGAUUGCAUUUAGGGUCCCUAGGGUCAAGGCCAAGGUCACUGUUACUAAAAAUAGAAAAACGGUUGAAACUGAAUAACAUUAGUUAGGGUUGACAUAUCUAGACCAAACUUGGUCUAUAGAAAGAGUUUAUGGGAAUCUUUCAUGGGAUUGCGUUUGGGGUCCCUAACGUCAAGGUCACUGUUGCUAAAAAUAGAAAAACAAUUGAAACUGAAUAACUUGAAGUAGGGAUGACAUAUCUUGACUAAGCUUGGUCUAUAGGAAAAGUUUAUGGAGACCUUUCAUGGGAUUGUGUAAGGAGUCCCUAGGGUCAAGGUCAAGGUCACUGUUACAAAAAAUAGAAAAACGGUUGAAACUAAUUAACUUUAGUUAGGGAUGACAUAUCUUGACCAAACUUGGUCUAUAGAAAGAGUUUAUGGGUACCUUUCAUGGGAUUUCGAUUGGGGUCCCUAGGUUCAAGGUCAAGGUCACUGUUACUUAAAAUAGAAAAACGGUUUAAACUAAAUAACUUUAGUUUGGGAUGACAUAUCUUGACUAAACUUGGUGUACAGGAAGAGUUAAUAGAUACCUUUCAUGGCAUUGCGUUUGGGGUCCCUAGGGUCAAAGUCAAGGUCACCAUUACUAAAAAUAGAAAAAACAGUUGAACUGAAUAACUUUAGUUGGGGUUGACAUAUCUUGACCAAACUUGGUCAAUUGGAAGAGUUUAUGGAUACCUUUCAUGGUAUUGCGUUUAGGGGUCAAGGCCAAGGUCACUGUUACUUAAAAUAGAAAAACGGUUGAAACUGAAUAACUUUAGUUAGGGUUGACAUAUCUUGACCAAACUUGGUCAAUAGGAAGAGUUUAUGGAUACCUUUCAUGGGAUUGCGUUUUGGGUCCCUAGGUUCAAGGUCAAGGUCACUGUUACUUAAAAUAGAAAAACGGUUUAAACUAAAUAACUUUAGUUUGGGAUGACAUAUCUUGACUAAACUUGGUGUACAGGAAGAGUAAUAGAUACCUUUCAUGGGAUUGCGUUUGGGGUCCCUAGGGUCAAGGUCAAGGUCACUGUUACUAAACAUAGAAAAACGGUUGAAACUAAAUAACUUGAGUUGGGGAUGACAUAUCUUGACCAAACUUGGUAAAUAGGAAGAGUUUAUGAAUACCUUUCAUGGGAUUGCGUUUAGGGGUCAAGGCCAAGGUCACUGUUACUAUAAAUAGAAAAACGGUUGAAACUGAAUAACUUUAGUUAGGGUUGACAUAUCUUGACCAAACUUGGUCAAUAGGAAGAGUUUAUGGAUACCUUUCAAUGGAUUGCGUUUGGGGUCCCUAGGGUCAAGGUCACUGUUACUAAAAAUAGAAAAACAAUUGAAACUGAAUAACUUUAGUUAGGGAUGACAUAUCUUGACUAAGCUUGGUCUGUAGGAAGAGUUUACAGAGACCUUUCAUGGCAUUGCGUUUGGGGUCCCUAGGUUCAAGGUCAAGGUGACUGUUACUAAAAAUAGAAAAACGGUUGAAACUGAAUAACUAUAGUAAGGGUUGACAUAUCUUGACCAAACUUGGUCUAUAGAAAGAGUUUAUGAAUACUUUCAUGGGAUUGCGUUUUGGGGUCCCUAGAUUCAAGGUCAAGGUCACUCUUACUAAAAAAUAGAAAAACAGUUGAAACUAAAUAACUUUAGUGUUGGAUGACAUAUCUUGACUAAACCAGGUAUAAAAGAAGAGUUUAUGGAUACCUUUCAUGGGAUUGCGUUUGGGGUCCCUAGAUUCAAGGUCAAGGUCACUGUUACUAAAAAUAGAAAAAUGGUUGAAACUGAAUAACUAAGUGAGGGUUGACAUAUCCUGACAUAACUUGGUAUAAAGGAAGAGUUUAUGGAUACCUUUCAAUGGUUUGCAUUUGGGGUCCCUAGGUUCAAUGUCACUGUUACUAAAAAUAGAAAAACACACAUAGGCUGAAGUUCUUCUGUCAAUCAUUAAAAACCUGGUUUCGUUGCAUUGCGGCGUUUCUUGUUAAUUUCAUGAUAUAGGCAAAAAAGGUAAUUUUUUAAAUAUAUAUGUACAUGUUUGAGUUGUGCUUUUAUACACAGAAAUUGAAUUCUUAAAUAUUGUCUAUCAUGUUACAAUUCUUGUACAUGUAUAGUCUUUUUCUUAACUUGUGAUGUUUUCUAUUUUAUUAUUAUGUUUAAUACACACAUAUACUGUAAUUUGCUUGAUAUCAAAUUGUUAUUUUGUGAUUUAAAUUAUUCAGUGAUAUAUUAUUAAAUUUAUAUCAUAAGUUAUUGAAAAUUUAAAUAUGUGCAUUUCAAUUCAAACUUAAAAACAAAUGGCUUUUGAUAACAAAUUUGUGACCUCUUGGAUCAGAGUUGGACAUUGAACUAACUAACCUCAGUUUGACCAGAGAUGGAUAUGGAAUUAAAUAACAUUUGUUUUUCUAUGAAAUAUGCGUUAAGCUCACCUGGGAAGGACGUGCAUUGUGAGCUAAUGCGAACGUGUGUUGAAGGGAUUUGUAAGAAUUUUCCAACCAGUAUCCUAAUUCAACUGGCAUACACAAUGUAUUAUUUGUUAUGACAUGUAGAGUAUAGAAAUAGGUCAACUAUGAAAACAAACUUUGUUAACCUUAAACAAUAUUCUUUCUAUGUCAAUGGCAAAAUUGGACCAUAUCCGUGCCAAAAUUAAACCAUUAGUUUGAAGAACCUUAAUAACGAGGAAAAAGUAAAAUGUAAAAGACUAAAACUAAAUCCCAUACAGGAUGACCUUGAUAGCAAACUCGACAAUUCCUGGACCUAUGGUCAUCAAAAUUGACAUGAAGGUUGGGCAUGACCAGAAGAUGACUCCUCUUGACUUUUGGGGGUCAUCGGGCCAUGGUCAAGGUCACAGUGACCUUGAAAGCAAACUUAACAAUUCCUAGACGUAUGGUCAUAAAACUUGACAUGAAGGUUGGGUCUGACCAGUAGAUGACCCCUCUUGACUUUGGGGGUCACCGGGCCAAUGUCAAGGUCACAGCAACCUUUAACGCAAAAAAGUUACCAAAUCUUCUCCCACAGAUAUCUCAACAAUGCCUGAACAUAUGAUCAUCAAACUUGACUUGAAAGUUAUGCCUGGCCAGUAGAUGACCCUUAAUGAUUUUAGGAGUCAUCGGGUCAAAAGGUCAAGUUCACAGUGACCUUGAGUGCGAAAAUGUUUUGAGUGAUAACCCGACAAUGCCUGCACCCAUGGCCCUCAAACUUGGAGUUGCGUCUGACCUGUAGAUGAUGGAUUUAGGAGUCAUCGGGUCAAAGGUCAAGGUCACAGUGACCUUGAACGAAAAAAAGCUUGUCUGUGUGAUAACUUGUCAAUGCCUGCACCCAUGGCCCUCAAACUUGACAUUUAGAUUUUUGGUGACCAGCUGAUGACUCCUAUGGAUUUUGAGGUCAUAGAGCCAAAGGUCAUGGUCAUAACACACUCUAUCCUCACACUUUGUAUGGUCAUAAUCUUAAAACUGCCUUAACGGUAUCUAAUAUCAGUGACAAAUCAACUGUCAUUUCGGUCCAUGCAUAUUUCAUUCAAUUGUCCAUAUAAUCCUGACAACAUGGCGCUCGGGGUGGCGGUGGGGGGGGGGGGGGUGUCAUAAUGUUUGACAAACAUUUCUUGUUUUCUUAUGAAACACUGGCGUAAUGUUUAUUGUGUGACUUCUAGGGCCAGUUUUAUCAUGAGUCAUGUUAGUUAUGAAAAAUGGAUACUACGUCAAACAUUUAGAAAACACUAAUAAAUAAAUAUAACUAUAUUGGAUAUAGAAACUUUGAAUCAAACUAGAACUGUUUUAUAUGAAACCGUCGAAACUAAUUUUGAAAAAUGUAAUAAUUGGGAUUUCAUGAUUUCAAUAAAAGAACGGAACGCCA